GACGCCUAUGGGGGCGGGGCCACGUGACGACACAAUGGCGGCGGCGUGUAGCCGGAAGUGUUGAUUCGGGAAAAAAAAGGGUGAAGCGUCGCAGGGGGGAAGCGAAUGAAAGUCGAGAAGCGUCCUUUCUCACACGCACGCAGAAUUUUAGGUUUAGGAGCUCCGAGUGAGCCCCGGCAAAGACGAAAAUCAUGUCGAAUAUGGAAAAACAUUUGUUCAACCUCAAGUUUGCCGCCAAGGAGCUACAGCGAAACUCAAAAAAGUGCGACAAAGAGGAGAAGGCUGAGAAAGCCAAAGUGAAGAAGGCUAUUCAGAAAGGCAACAUGGAGGUGGCUCGGAUACAUGCAGAGAACGCCAUCCGACAGAAGAACCAGUCCAUCAACUUCCUGCGCAUGAGCGCCCGUGUGGACGCUGUGGCUGCCAGAGUCCAAACAGCCGUCACCAUGAACAAGGUCACCAAAUCGAUGGCUGGAGUGGUGAAGUCCAUGGAUGCCACUCUGAAGACCAUGAACCUGGAGAAGGUCUCAGCCCUGAUGGACAAAUUUGAGCAGCAGUUUGAGACACUUGAUGUGCAGACAGCACAGAUGGAGGAUACAAUGAGCAGCACGACCACACUGACCACCCCGCAGAACGAGGUCGAGAGUCUGAUGCACGAGAUGGCUGACGAAGCCGGGUUGGAGCUAAACAUGGAACUCCCACAGGGUCAGACGGGGUCAGUGGGCACCAGCGUGGCAUCCACAGAGCAGGACGAGCUGUCACAGAGGCUGGCCAAGCUCAGAGACCAGGUGUAGCAGGGCCGGAGUGCCUCGUUCCUCACAGGGGGCCUGCAAUUUGUGACCUCAGCCUUGAAUGUUCAUUGAAGACCCCUGGACAUCCUCCCCCCGCUUACCAUAAAUGACAUACCCCCCCCCCCCCCACUUUCUGACUCUGAGGAUCGCCCUGUCAAUGUGGGCUCGUGAAGACUAUUUCAUUUUACUGUUUUCACACAUGGCAGGGGGGAUAAUGUGAAGGUAAAAUAUAUAUAUUUAUAUUAAAACUGUAAUAAAGGUGUACGUAUGUAUAUUACAUCCUUAUUUACAGUGUGUGUGUGUAUAUAUAUGUGUGUGUGUGUAUGUAUGUGUGU